GAGUGAGUGAGUGAGUGAGUGAAAAGAGGUGGAAGAGAGGAAGAGUGAGAGUGAGCUUGCGAGUGUGACGAGAAAAGUGAAGGAACGACACGACGAUCGAGAAAGAGAGAAAGGAAGAUAUCGCGAGGGAAAGAGACAGAUGGGUAGAUAGGUGUCGUCGUGCACAUACGUACAUACGCGCGGAAAGUGACGUGUGUGUGUGGUCGUGUGUGCAGGUGUGCGCGUGGUGCAGGCUGCCGGUGCAAAAAGUGCAGUGCCCAGUGGACUUUUCCAUCCUGUGCGUGCGCUGCUUCUGGGAGCAGGCACGUAUAUGCCGGUAUUCCGGUGUCAACUGAUCAGAGAGCGAAUAGAAUUUGACGCGACUAGAUUUUUACGAAAAUAAAAAACCUCUCAAUUGUCCGGCGUUCCAAGUGCAGUGUAAAAGUUCCGUAGCUCCCGACUGGUAAAGUAAUUCCAUCGAUCAGACCGUUUUUUCGAGAUUCCUCCAAAUAUUCGCUGGAAAAUAACUUGCAAGAGUAAUUAAGAUUAUUCGUCUACGGAUCUCGUCUAUCAAGGUGAAUAUAUACGCGGGGUCUGAAAAAAGGGGCGACGAUUUUUCGUCCCGUGCUACUUUACCGACCAAAUGUUUUGAUUCGUUGCUGGUAAAGCGACUCCACAGCGACCUUUCGAGGAGGAAGAACGCGAGACGGCCCGCGGAGACGCAGCAGUCGCAGAAUUCUGGUGGUAGUGAUAAGGGCAAGCGCGAGCAUGUUCCGUAUCGUGAUCGGUGAUAUGUGCGCGGAUCGUUUGAAUUGAUAUCGAUUCUUUGUUACGCGACGAUGGAUACAGCGACCAUUGAUUUUAUCGUGCGAUCAAGAAUGGAGUGCGAGCUUCUUUAACAGACGAAAUUAGUCGCGGAGUCCCCGUGCGACGUGAAAAAAGAGCGAGUCGGUGAGCCCCUCGAGAUUAGACGAGCACAUUUUUAACGUGAACGAUUGGCCUCUUCUCUGUCUAUCGUUGCAACUCGAGAACUUGUUUGAAACUAUAUCUAGCUCGUCUCGAAUUUACGUAUGCUACCAAGACUGCAGUCCGUUGUUUCGCCAUAAUUAACCACGACGAAGGUUACGAAGAUCCGGAGCAACGAGCGGUCUUCUCAUAUCCGCCAUCAUCUUCUCAUCAAGAAAUCGCCGAAAGAGACACGAGGACCGUUUAUCAAGAGUUAGAGAGAUAUCUACGUAGACGACGAUAAGCUAACUGUCGAAUACGAAACGACACGUUUCUUCUGUGCCUGAUCAGUAAUUAACAACGCGAUGAUUGGACAGUGCUGGUUUUAAGCGAAGAAAUGUUUCGACCGAAACUCGGAAAAUCGUAGAUCGCGCGUCAUCGUACGUCGAUCGUGAGAAACGUAGUAGCGCUCGUGCUUCUAAGGAAUAGAAGUCUGCUCAUCGAUCACUGAAGCGAUCAUUAACGACAUGCGAGUGAUCUUGCAACGCGAGUCGAUCGGUGCAUUCACGUUCUUAACACCAGAGAAUCUGCCGGUAGCAGGAGUCUGUUCUCUGGAGGACCGGGAGCAGAGGAAGAAGAGGAAGAAGAAAAACAAGUAGAACAAGAGUCGCCUUGAUCGGACGGCGUAACGCGGGAUCGUGAGAGAGGCGCUGACGAUAUGAGGGGUGAUUCGUGUCGGUGGAGCGAGGCUCAGGACUCGCCGGAAAGCAGCAACUCCCGCGUAGACUCCCUCAACGACCACCGUAGCGUUUAAUACGUGGAAGACUCAGUCGUUGGUAAAGAUUUAAUGGUUGCGAUUGGUCUCAGCGAUGAAGCGGGCGUCGAGUGCAUCCGCUGCAGCUGCUGCAACCGCUGGUUCGCAGGUGCAGCCUGCAGUCACCUUACACGGCAGGGUACACGAUCCCUUUAGCCCGAUAACGGCGGUCGUGGGGUACGCGGACAAGGAGGAACACGAGGAGAUCGCCGAAACGAAGUCCAGGACGGACACGAGCAAAGUAUCGCCCAAAGGGAGCCCUAACGAUGACACUAAGGCCAAAUCCACGGCUAUGUCACGGCUCCUAGCCGUCGACGCGGACAAUUACAUGCUCCGUAAAGGCGCUGGCUCGGCGAACGCCGCCGUUCCUUCGACGUCCACCAUCCCUGCGAAUUCCGCUACCUCGCCGAUCGUCCCGAGUUUGCAACUGCAUCCUAGACAAAUAACACAGCCGCGUAAUUUUCACGGUGUCGUCAGCAACGGAACUUACAAUGAUCUUCAGAACACUAUCACGAUCACGGCCAACAACGCCAGCAUACCCUGCUCGAAUAAAACCGUGCCCGCCAACGAGUUACCGUCGUCUCCCGAAUCGAUCAGACCCAGGGAAACCGUUGCACUGUCCUUGCUCAAACGAUACUCGUCGACCGUUAAUCAACAAUCUACCUAUUCCGUCGGCAACACUGUCUCCUCGUCUUCUCCCUCGACUCCUAGCGUCCUUGCCUCGCCGAAUUCCGCGAGUCUCGCGAAUGCUCCAUUACAUCGGAGGCAGAAUAUUCUCAAGUCUCGAUUGAGCGUGAUCACGGAAGAAUUCCGACGAAAUUGGGCUUUAAAAAAUGCGCCGCCGCGAUUGCCGAUCGUAAGCGGCGAGGAAUUCGCGCGGCUGUGGCCGAGCGGGCUCUUCCCCUGCGCGAAGGUGAUCUCUUUUCAUCAGCAAUUGUGCCCGUGUAACGACGACGUCGUCCCGCGGCACAGUGAAUCGGGCUCAGUGAACGGUCGUGUUAACGACUUAGUGGCAGAGGAAGGCACCUAUUCGAAUUCAGUCGGUCACGAGGGCUCCGGCAACGGUGGCUGGCCCUCUCGUGCCCUUGAGAAGGACACGGGAGCCGGCCUUCAGCCAGCCGCCAAGCGUAAUUUGUGCUGUUGCAUGUGCGGUUCUCUAUGUCCUCCAGAGUGCCAUGCGUGCUUCCACGUGGUCUGCUCGGAGUACAGUGGGCAGCACCUCUGCCAAUGGAGCAGCAAGGGUCACGUGCUACCGGGCCAGGUUCUCGACAAGGAUAAGCCCGUGAGUGAAUGGACGUCUCUAAACGUGGUCGAAUGGAUGGCUGCCCUAAAUCUCUACCGCUAUGCGGACGUUUUCAAGUCGAAAGACAUCAAAGGUUGCGACCUUCCUUUCUUGGAUCAGGAUAAACUUAUGAACAUGGGGAUCAAGGACGAUUUUCACCAGAGAACGAUUUUGGCCUGCAUCGAGGAGCUUUGUAAUCCGUCUCCGUGCCCGAGCGCCGCGUCGUCGGCGGAGGCGACCGCGUCCUCCGGUGACGCGACCGCCGGUGGUAGCUCGCCCCACACCCUCAUGCCUCAAAGCUUCAGCGUGCUGGAGAAAUGCGACAAGUGCCAUAAAUACCUCAGAGGUCUCUUGCAUCAAGGAUUUCUCUGUUUAGAUUGCGGCCUGGUAGCUCAUAGGACGUGUACAGCGACAGGUUUACCUUCCAGCUGCGUGUCAGUCUAUUCGGAAAAUCGUGUCCCCAGAUUUACUCCAGUGUUCGGUCUUGAACUGUGCUCGCAAUUCGAUGUUUCUACGCGUUCAGCUCCACUGUUGGUGGAACGAUGUACAAAUGCCUUGGAAGAGAAGGCGUUCGAGGACAGUACCCUGGACCUAUACAAAGUUUAUCACAGUAGCCCGCCUAAUGAACAAACGUUGGAGUUGCGGCAAAAGUUGAACGACGAUGUGCAUAACGCCGACUUGAAUUCGUAUAGUCCUCAGUGCAUAGCGAGUGUUUUAAAAAAGUUUCUACGUGAGCUGCCAGACCCUGUGAUCCCUGUACAGUUUUAUGACAGAUUUAUAGAAGCAUCCAAUACGAAAAAUGACGAGCAAUGCGCUGCACGGCUUGGAGAACUCGUCACGGAACUUCCGGAACAUCACCGUAGUACCUUGUUUCAUCUGAUGGCUCAUUUCUGUAGGAUUUGUCAAUUACAACACGGAAGGGGUUACACGGAGCCUCCUACUGUCCUUAUACAAGUGCUGUGUCAUAUUUUCGUCAGGCCUCCUUGGGAACGUAUCGUGCAAAUCGUCCACAAUAUUGAGGCGCAUAUACGAAUAGUCGAGGUGCUGUUGUUACACGGUGACUGGAACGAGAAACUGCCACAAUUCGCGAGUCCACCGCAGCUACCACCGCGAAAAGUGUCUAGGCCACAAUUCCUGGUUCUAGAUCCACUUUCCGUACUCGAUGAAGAUACAUCUUCCUUGGAUCGAUCGGUGUCGAUGCCCGAGAAUAAGGAGUCACAACAGCAACCUCACAGGCCACGGACGCUGCAGGAGGCGGAAUGGUAUUGGGGGGACAUCACGAGGGACGAAGUGAACGAGAAGAUGAUCGAUUCGCCGGACGGGACAUUUUUGGUACGCGACGCAUCUUCAAAGGGUGGGGAAUAUACGUUGACAUUGCGUAAAGGUGGGACGAACAAGCUCAUCAAGAUCUGUCAACGUAACGGGAAGUAUGGCUUCUCGGAGCCGUAUCUAUUUCAUUCGGUCAUCGAGCUGGUGGAUCAUUACAGGAAUUGUUCCCUGACGCAAUAUAAUUUGAUACUGGACAUUAAGUUGUUGUAUCCUGUGUCAAGGUUUCAGCAGGAUGAUGAAAUUGCAAGUAUGGACAUGACGAAUGUUGCACAAAAAUAUGUUGAACUCGACAAAGAUAUAAACGAGGCGUUGAAAAUAUACAAGGAGUCUUCGGAGAUGUACAGUAGAACGUCGUUCGAGGUGCAGUUGAAGCGGCAAGCGUUGGAAGCCUUCUCGGAGGCUAUCAAAAUGUUUGAGGAUCAAAUGAAGCUGCAAGAAAAGUACCAGAAGGAAGCUCAACCACACGAAAUAUCGACGUUAACUGAAAAUGCUGAAUUGUUGAAACGAAGACUGAAAUCUUUGGAGGACAGUAAGGAACAGUUGGAUACCAGUCUGAAGGAACAGAUCGCUUACAGUAGAACUCUCGAAAGGGAGAUGCACAAAAUGAAACCUGAACUACUGCAGCUCGUUCGUCAAAGGGAUAAGCAUUUAAUAUGGUUGAAGAAGAACGGUAUGAAGCAGAAUAAAAUAAGCCAGCUAGUAUUGAAUCAUUCGCUGUCGAGUCACGUGCUGGGCGACCUAGUGUACAGAGAUCUUCAAGAAGUCGAUCUUGAAGUUCACUCUGAUGAGAAGACUUGGUUACACAUCGAGUGUUCCCGUCCCGAAGCCGAUCGAAUUCUGGCCGACAGGCCCGAUGGUACUUUCCUCGUUCGAACAUCGAGAACGGGACAAUACGCCCUUUCCAUAGUGUGUAACGGCACGGUGAACCAUUGCAUAAUAUACGGUACGGAACGCGGAUUCGGAUUCGCCGAGCCGUACAAUAUCCACAAGAGUUUAAAACACUUGGUGCUACACUACGCUCAGAAUUCCCUCGAGGAGCACAACGAGUGGCUGAACACGACCAUGGCUUAUCCGGCGUUUGCCUCGCCCGCGGCACUGGCGCAGUUGCAGGCUCAACAAAGACAGCUGCAGAUGCAGAUGCAUUCGCAGGAUCAAUUACAGCUGACGCGGCCCCUUGAAAAUCAACAUUUCAUGGCGCACACGUAAUGUCCGCGUACGUCGAAAUCAGCAGAGUUCCGAAGGUACUGGAGAGAUCGUGUACACGGAAUUCUUCUCUUGUGGCCACGAUUUUUUGUUUUGUUUAGGAAUGUUUCUCGAAACGCGAGUUUUUCUAGGAAUCGUUCAUGUGGAAUUCCUGUACGCUUUUUUUUUUAAUCGGUGCGGUGAUACUAUGUCGGGAGUAACUAACGCGCGACAAUUUAUUGUUCCAUUUUUAUACGAUGAGGGGGGUGGGGUAUAAACGUGUCCUCGAACGAGGUAUACUCGGGGUUUUGAUAUUACAACGCGCGAUGCUAACACAGUGGCGGUAGUAAACUUCAGGAGGUGUAAUUUAUAUACGCGUAUAAAAUAAUUACGAAUGUUACCAUGGCGCGGUGAAAGAUAUUAAUUCGAUCAACAGGGCUGAUACAACAUCGGGUAGGUUUCCAAUUGGCCAGAGGGGUCUGUAAACAGGCCUUUCUCACGUCUUGUCGGUGACUAAUACGAAAAUGCAAUUUGGCGCUUGUGCCUGAAGCCAUAAGAAAGAUUAAUCCUUUAUUUUCUUUCGAUCGUUUCGAGACGAGGAGACUCGCGUUUAGAUAUUGGAACGUCGAUUACGUUACACUUUUCAAGAUGCUCUUACUCGAUCGAACACGUCAGAAUAACAGAGGCAUAUAAUAGUAACAAUCUAGUCUUACAAGCAAUUCGACAGACGAAACAGAUAUAGAAUGAAAUAUAAGUCUGACCACGCUCAAACUAUUCGCAGUUUCGAUUAGUAAUUAGGAUAGUUGCAUUUCAUAAAACAAUUCGAUGUUGAUCUGUCGUAAAGCCGAUGGUGACAGAUCGGUUCCAUUCGGGACAUGUGGAUAAACGGAACAAGUUUAUAGACCGCUGUACUUCUGACUUCUUCGAUAGUUUCCUGCGAAUACUUUCCGCACUUCUUUUUUUUUUUAACACACGCGGUACGCUACGAUGGGGCACCGUUUACGUCGACACGACCGAAGCGUUGGUCUCCGACAGUGAUACUAGAGUAUAGACGCAUCGCGAGACGGAUAAUAAUUGAGCCCUCUGAACGCUUGCGAAAUAUUUUCUUUUUAAACAGAAUGUAGUAAUUUAUAAUAACGAGUGAAGGAUAUCGCCAUUGAGGGAUGAGGCUCCUUUCAGAUAUUUCGAAUACUAUUAUAAUUAAGUUCAGUUUCUCAUUUAAACGUGCCCGAUGUGCCGCUUUCGAUCGUUCGCCACAACGAAACAAGAUUUUACAUGCCUUCGCGGGGGCUUUCUUUUAAUAUACGUUCAAUUUCAAGUGCUGUGCCAGAUCUGUGUAUACGCUACAGCGUGUAGCUGAACACGACGAGAGGGAGAGAGUGCAAGAAGCUGUAAGUGAGAGAGCGAGAGAUGUAGAACAUUUCUUGAGAAGAUAAAUAUAUUGUCUGUGAUUUCGGGUUGCCGAGAAACAAGAUAGAUAAGUAGAUAGGUAGAUAGAUAGAUAUAUAUAUAUAUAUUAUCGUGACUAUUAUUUUCCAAUUGCUUUUUAAAAAUCGCUUUCAUCUUAUACUAUUAUAUACUGUUCUUUUCGUUCAUUUAAGAUUUAUUGAAGCGCGUGACCGUUGAAAUAAUACGCGCGUUAAUAUAUGUUCAUGAGUAUAAUAUAGGAUUACUUUGCGACUAUACGUGCAAAAGCCAUUCGUGAUUUUAUUAAUUAUACGUUACAUUUUUUAAUACGCCGCAUCAGACUGUUACUCGUUUCGUCAUGCUCCUCUCUUUUUUAGACUCAACUUGCCUCACUAUCCUGCGAGACGUCUGCCCCGUUUCGAUAUCACCCGUAUUCUAUUUUAUCUUGAAACGUCCGUGUAAUACGUUCUCGCGAAUAUUUAGGCAAGGUCGCUUCUCGUUCGAAGCGCAUAAUUAAAGCCUCGCUGUGCUUUUGUUUUAACGAAUGAUCUCAAGGGCGUCGAGAGUCGCGAAAGAUUAUGACGGUGGCGCGAGGAAUCGCGACACGGAGCCAGUUACCAUGGAAUCGUUGCUCGAGAAAUUUUGCGUAUUACAUUGCGGUCUGUAAUCGCAAAAGUGUAUCGAGGUCGAUUUCCGCGCGUGUCCUGGUCCCUCGACUCGUAGCGGUCACUCGAGUCCGAAGUUCCUUGAGCUACCGUUGUUUCUUCCGCGGUUCUCGUUCAGUCUCAUAGUCAAAAGAAACGGAGCGAUAAAUGUGUAAGUCGGCCCGAUCGGUCGAGGACAAAAAGAAGUGAUUUCGAAGUUGGAAAAGACUGGAGUUGCGACGAAUUUUAAUCAUUUGUCACUUUUAUUCAUUUCGUGCGCGCAUAUAAUUACGGGAUGGUAGAUUUAGUGGAAAACACGGAACGUCUGAGCAACGGAGGUGUGGAUUGUUAGGGAAGAGAGAAGGCUCGUUGCUCAUCCUAAAAGCUUCGAAUAUCAUAGGUUCAGGUAGGAUAGGAUUUUUUAUACGUGGAAAGAAUUUAAGUGCCCUGACGCUAAUAGGCUUACAUAUAGAUUUCGUGGUCGUCUAAUCGCGUGCAGGUGCAGCAUUCGAUCGUUGUUUCACUGUAUCUCUCGAUCAAACGAUUGUUUCUCAGUUGCUUGUUCUCGUAGGUCGUUUCUUCUCUUCCGUACGUGUCUCGAUUUUAACGUUGCUCUUUAACAAAAUGACGAAUAAGAAUAUCGUAGCGGCGUUUUUGACUGAAGGAAGAAAUAGGACUACGUUAAAAUCGACAACUAGAAUAACGUCUAAUUUCAGUUUCGACAACUGAAUUCUCAGAGAAGGAAAGAAACGAUCUGUCGUACAUAGUAAGAAAUUGAACAAAAACGUGCGAUUUGAUAUGACGAAAGUGCGAGUGCCACGUGUUACGAAUAGCUGUAAGCGACGGCGAGUCCGAGCUGAUUCAAUUCAGCUUCCUUUUCUAACGAGAUCUCGCGUAAAGUUGGUUUUCUCACGGCUCGUUCUCGUCGUCCCGUCUCAGGAGCUGAAGUGACACGAUGCACACGUGUAAGAAUACAGUCGGAUAAGUACACACAACAAUCGUAACGCUAUCGAGCUAUUAAACGUGUAUACGCGAGACCGGUGUUCGCGUAUGUGAAACAAAGAUGAUUAAAAAUUCAAGGCACACAUGAUACUGUUUGAGAGAAUAUUUGAUGUAAAAGUAUGAAGGAAAACAGAAAUAAGAUAAUUGAGGAAAGAAAACGGAGAAAAUAUAUAUGAGAAACAUA